AAAGCUGUGUUUAUGUUGGGAAAACUACUGCUCAUAACCCGCCCAGUGCAGACUUUGAGCUGAUCAGUACAACAAAUAUUUGCCAUCCCAUGGUCAGUGUACCAGUGAGACAAGUUGGACUGUGGGUGGGCAAGUCACAUAAAUGGAACGACACUGAGUCCCCCGGCACAGACAGACAGACAGACUGAGGACGUGCAACAUGGUGCUGCUCAGGGCCCUGGGCUUGGCGCUGGUCCUACUGCAUCUCUCUGGGACAUUGGAGGCAAAGCUGCAUUAUGCGGUGAUCUUCCCCUCGGAGUUGGUGGCCCCCCAUUCUGAACAAGCCUGUGUGCACCUCAGUGGGGCGGAGGGAGACAGCCGGAUACAGGUUACCUUGAACAUGGCCGAACGGAACUCAACGGUGAUAGAGAGGAACCUCCAGCAGAAAUCCCUCUUCAGCUGUGUUACAUUCCAGGUGCCUCCGCCCUCUGAAGGGAAUGAAGAAGUGGCCACCAUGGAAAUUCUCAUUGAGAGCGCAGGGGAGACCAUAACCAACAGCAGCAAAGUUCUAGUGAGGGAGAGAAGAACCAGCACUUUCAUUCAGACGGACAAAGCUGUAUAUGAACCGGGGGACACAGUACGAUUUAGAGUUGCGUCUCUUAAAGAAAAUCUACAACCGGGAGACAAUGAGGUCCCAGUCAUCCAAUUAAAGGAUCCAGACAAGAACCGUAUUGCCCAGUGGCUGGAUGUGACUGUCACACAGGGAAUCGCUGAGCUCUCGCUGCCGCUGUCCCCGGAACCUUUGUUUGGUUAUUAUUCCAUUCACGCGGGGGACGCUGCACAGGCUUUUAGUGUGGAUAAUUAUGUGCGCACCAAAUUUGAUGUCAGUUUCCUGUUCCCCAAGGCCGUUCUUUAUAACAGUGAACAAUUCCAGCUGAAAACAUGUGGCCGGUAUGCCUAUGGCAAGGCCGUGCAAGGGACCUACAGCGCUACGGUGUGCCGGAAGGCCAUGAGAUACUGGUGGGGCAGUUACACUUUCCCUAAAGACCUGUGUGUAAAAUUCAGCGGGAAGUUGGACCAGUCUGGCUGUUCCACAUUGAGAGUGGGGUCUCACAACUUCAAUCUUAUCUACCGCACUCACGCAAUGAGCCUAGAGGGGACGUCUACUAUUACAGACCAAUGGACAGGGAUAAAAUAUGAUGGAUAUGGUAGAUCCACCAUUGCAUCCAGGCUGAGGAGUUGCAGUUUCCUGGAUGCUGACAGUAACUACAAGCCGGGGAUCCCAUACAGCGGCACAGUAAAGGUGGUAGAUGCCAACGAUGACCCCCUUCCAAACCGCAUAGUCUAUCUAACCAGUUAUUGUAAAAAAGUCAACGUGAAGUUGGUGUCGGAUGAGAAUGGACUCGCCUCCUUCCAGCUGAACAACACGGCAGAGUGGGAGGGACAGCUGCUCCUUACGGCCAUGCCAAGUAUGGAGGACGUUAAGUUUGAGUCUUUUUUCUUACGCGUUACCCCUGAUUUUUGGGGAGCAACUCUGAACCUCACGCGCUUCCACUCCCCCAGCAAGAGUUUCCUGAAACUGCACUCCCAGCAGGGGGAGCUCCCAUGUGAGGGGCAACGAGAUGUCCGAGUGGAAUAUAUUAUCCCAAACUCUGCCCUGGGGAUGGAGGCCAAGCACAUGGAGCUGCACUACCUGGUUGCUUCUAAAGGGUCAGUAAAGGACUCGGGAUCAGUGGAAGUGCCCAUUACUAGUGAAGGAGGAGGAUCUUCAGAGCUGAGGGGUGAGGUCUCCAUCAAACUCGCACUCAGUGCCGACGUCUCUCCGACUCUCCGCGCUCUCGCCUUCAUUUCCCUCCCUAAUGGGGAAUUAGUGGCCGAUUCUGCAACAUUCAAACUGCAAAGGUGCUUCAAGAACAAAGUAUCAGUUGGCUUCUCCCCAGAUGAAGUUCUCCCAGGAGCUGAUGUUUCCCUACAAGUCCAGGCAGCCGCCGGGUCCCUGUGUGGCCUGAGAGUGGUGGAUCAGAGUGUGAUGGCAAUAAAACCUGAGACCGGACUGACAGCUGAUAGGAUUCACAAUCUCUUUCCUUUCGCUGAUUAUGGAGGGUACGACGCUCGGGUCCAAGAUGGUGAUGAUUACGGUUCAUUAGAUCCCGGCCUUCAAAGAACAACUGGGUUGAAUUCACAUUCAUAUAUGUCUGAUGGAGAUAUUGAUGAUGUAUAUAGUCUAUUAAAGGACAUGCGCCUUAAGAUCGUCACCAGUGCGGAGAUUAAGAAGCCUCUGAGGUGCCGGGAAGCUGAAGUUGAUCUGCUCAUUACCGGAACUCCCACCACGGAACCUGCAGAACCCACUGCUAACACUUUCAGAAUCUUUCCUCCAGUAAUAGCAAGUCCAGCAAUAGAAAGAAGGGGCAAUAAAAUCACUGAAGCAGCUGCUGAAACAAUUCAGGCGUAUUUCCCAGAGACCUGGAUGUGGGAGCUAGCAUCUGUGGGGGAUAAUGGGAAGACAGAGGUCCAUGGCUCAGCCCCAGAUGCCAUCAGAAACUGGAAAGCAGGAGCUUUCUGUAUGGGACCCAGUGGGUUUGGCAUCUCCCCACCAACCUCCCUUCGAGCCUUCCAGCCCUUCUUUGUGGAACUCACUCUGCCAUACUCUGUGGUGCGAGGGGAGUCAUUCACUCUCAAGGCCUCUGUGUUUAACUACCUCAAGCACUGUAUAAAGGUUCAGACCACCCUACAGCCAUCACUAGAGUUAGAGCAGGAACCAUGUGCCGACUGUCAGUAUAGCAGCUGUCUCUGUGCAGAGGAAAGCAAGACCUUCUACUGGAACCUUAAAGCCUCCAACCUGGGAGAGGUGAAUGUCACGGUGAGGACGGAGGCUCUGAACACUCAGGACAUGUGCAAUAAUGAGAUUCCUAUUGUGCCCAAGCAGGGUCACUCCGACACUGUGAUUAAGCCACUGCUGGUGCAGCCGGGGGGAGUCCUAAUAGAGAAAUCUCACAGCUCCCUGAUCUGCAGCCCAGAGGGAGAAGAACGUGCUAAGACCAAGGUGAUUUCCCUGAAAGUUCCUAAAAAUAUCCGGAAGGGUUCUGAGAGGGCGUAUGUAACAGUGCUGGGAGACCUGAUGGGAACAGCCAUGCAGAACCUGGACCGGCUCCUGGCCAUGCCGUAUGGAUGUGGGGAGCAGAACAUGGUUCUCUUUGCCCCCAAUAUCUUCAUUCUUCAGUAUCUGGAAAACACUCUCCAACUGACUCCUGAGAUCCAGAGCAAAGCCAAACGGUUCCUUGAAAGCGGGUACCAACGGCAACUCACAUACAGACGUUACGACGGGUCCUACAGCGCAUUUAGGGCAUGGGUCCCACAGGCAAACGCAUGGCUGACUGCGUUUGUAGUGAAGUCCUUCAGCAAGGCUCAUCCCUACAUCUUCAUAGAUGGAGACCAACUAAGCCAAUCUCUCACUUGGCUUAAAGAUCAUCGCAAAAGGAACGGCUGCUUCCAGAGUGUGGGGAAACUCUUCAACAAUGCUAUGAAGGUACCUCCUGGCCAGUAAACAUGGCUACUGCUC